AUCCUAACGCUUACCCCAAAUCAAAAUCACACUUCUCGCCGCCGCGCCGCAGGCAGAGUCGUCUUCUUCUCCUCCCAAGGCCGCGUUUUCGUAUUCUCCUCCUCCAGGCGCCGCGUCUUCGUUGUCUUCUCCUCACUAAAAGCUGUUGUAUCCAUCUAUGUGUCGUUGCUCUCUCUCUGUUUAAUUCAUACAUAAGUUCGCUAUGGCUGCACAUUCCGAUUCAAGAAAACGCACUUUGGAAGCUUUGGAGAAAAGGUUUGCUAUUGCCAAAGCUGAGAUUUUCAACAAAGAGAAAGCAAACAAAAUCACCCUCCGAGAACAUGUCAAACCAUCUGAUCCUCAUCCUGCACCUUCUGCUUCUCCUAAUGCUCAGAAGCCAAAUCCUGAACCGAAACCACAACCAUCUCCUACACCCAAGAAAGGGAAUUUCAAUUUCUUUGGUUAUUCCUUUAUCAAAGAAACUGAAGAGGCUGAUCCAAUAUAUGCCCAACUUUCUCAUGAUGUAAACGAAAAUCUGCUUAGAACUAAUGACAAGUCUUGUACUGAUAGAAGAAGUUCAGUGGAUAGCAUACUGCACGAGCUUUUUAAGAAAGGGGAUAAUGGCAAUAAGUACAUGCUUGGAUCUAGAAGCUACAAAAUUGACAACAUCAUCCAUCUUGAUUAUUUUGUUCAAGGACGUUCAAUUGCUUCUGGUUCUGAAGCUAGGACUUUACAAAUUCAUUCAAAACGCUCGAAGAAACACAUGUCCAUGAAACAGCAUAAGAAAAAGGGAUCAUUAGAUCUUCCUCAGGAGUUCCAUAAAUUUAACAUUUUCAAGCCAAUGCGUGAAAUGUGGAAUGACUACAUAGCGAAGCUUCUUAAAUCCACUAGGAUGGAUCAAUUGGCUCAAUGUCUCCUUGGUGCAGAUCUACAUGGUGCUUUUAUUCUAGUUGUGGAGUGUAAAAUCAUCCAUUUUACUGGAACUUGUGGCAUCAUGAUUCGUGAAACUGCAGAAGCAUUUGGGAUAAUUACUGAAGAUAAUAAAUUCCGAGUUGUCCCCAAAAGAGGGUCUGUGUUUGUAUUCCAAGUUGAUUGCUUCAAAGUCACCGUCCAUGGAGAUAAACUCAGUUCGAGAAGGAUUGGAUUAUGAUACUACAAAUGAUCCUUCAACUCUAGGGAAAGUCAAAUUCGACAUGAAAAAAGUCUCUACCGAUUCUGUUGUUAUGGGAUGACUAAAUGUUUGUUUUCACAUGAUUGAGUCCUGAAGCUGGUUUGGAACAAACGGCGAAUUGUUAGAGCAGCAGCCGUCUUCGGUUCCAGGGCAUCUUCCAACAGAAAUGUGAAUGUUUCGAGUGUUUGAGCAUUUCGCAUUGAACUCAGAAGAUGCAUUGGAUCCUUCAAAAUCUCAAGUGACUCACUCGAGUAUCUUGUCCCAAUUAUUUCAGUUUGUUUAGAGAACACUACUGCAGUUGUUUCCAUCAGAAAACAUGGAAAUGUCAAAUGACCCACAAUUUUGCCCCCCGAGAAUUUGGUAUUUUCUAGGUAUGGAUGCAUUUACUUGUGUAUAGAACCUCCCAUUUUCUUGAGUGAUUUUCUCCUCACUUUAGAAUUGGAACUAAAUAUAUAUUAUUUCAGCAAUUGAAUUAGCCACUCAAUGUCAUAAUAUUUUUUAA